AUGUCGAGUGGCGCGACUACGACCGGAGGAGCUGCUAGCGGUUCAGCAGCACUCCGAUUAGACGUCCCAUCUUGGGACGGAGAGCCCGACAAGCUGCUUGCAUACAAGUUCGACGUCGGGCUCUUCAGCAAGAGCUAUAAGGUGCAGGACAGGUACGUGGUGGGACCCCAGCUGGUAAGAGCUCUGGGGGCAAGAACACGUAGACUGGCACAGGCGUGGCCAGACAUCGACAAUAUUGAUGAGGUCACCGACGAGGGCAAACUGACAGGAAGGCAACGCGUCUUCGACUUCCUCUUGUCGAAGCUUGACCUGUCCAACGUGAACGAGAUGGGUAACUCUGCGGAGAACAUCUUCAACAAGCUCCAGCGGGAGCCGGGUGAGGGCUUCCCCGACUGGACGGCGCGCUGGGAGGCGGACGAGCGCGACCUCUUGUCGCAGCUGAAGGCGGUGGACAGCUCGGACGUGGUGGUACCUCGCCGAUCGCGCCUGAGCCCUGUGGCCAGGGGCGGGAUCACCGCUACGGCGGCGGGCGACUACGAAUACGGCAGUGCGUACAAGGCGCUGUGCACGAGGUACCCGCUGGAGGCGCUAAAGGAGAUCGACGGGGGUCGCGAGAAGAAGGACAGGCGCGCGGGGUUCUUCGGCGAGGUCGAGGAGGCCGAGCAGGAGGACUACGACUUCGAGGACAGGUCCGCGAUUGCGGACAUUGUGGACCAGCUGGUGAACUUAGCGGACGAGGAGGACUCGACCCUCUUCGAAGACUCCGAGCUUGUCGACGACUACGAGGACGGCAUCUACGCGGAGUUCAGGCAGCUGGGCAGGAACUUCAAGGGCGCGAGGGACCUCAUUAGGAAGGUCAAGGUGGCAAGGGAAUACUACCCCAGGGGCCCCCUCGUCCUCGACAACUACGCGAUGGUCAACGAUCUUCUCGUCAGGACGGUGGUCAAGAACCUGCGCGUGACAGGCUUCGGACACCAGGCGAAGGGUUGCCCCGAGAGGACGAAGGACCGCGGCAAGCGACAGCCCAACGAGACGACCUCGUUUGCGCUUCUAGAGCUCGGCGACCUGGUGCUCCUCUUGGACGACGCGGGCGGCGUCUGGGCGAUCCUUGACUGCGGCGCCACGAGGAGCCUCAUCGGUGUGACGAUGGCCGAGCACCUCAUCUACGACAUGGAGGAGAAGCACAGCAUGCUGUUCGACGUGGUGGAACGGACGCGGCACUUCACUUUCGGCGACGGCAAGCGCAAGAGCUCGAUGGGCACCAUGACGGGUGCCAUCUUUCUCGGUGACGACAAGGAGAAGAUCGAGAUCUCGAUCAUGGACAACGAGGUGCCCCUGCUGAUCGGCAUGGACGUGCUGGGGCCUGAUCAUACCAACGCCCUCAUCGACUGCGGUAACGGAUACCUGAUGCUGCCGAAGAUCUCACAUCACGUCUUCCAGUGCCGGAAGAUGCCCAGUGGUCACCUCGCCAUCAACGUGACGACUCCGACGUGGUGGCAGAACAUCCCACGCAGCCUCCCGGACAUUGUCGGGAUCACACAGUGCAGCGCCAUGAAGGACGAGGCUGAGACGUCCGCGGUCGUGGACGAGGCGGUGCUGGAGCUGGGCAUCUUGGGGACCAUCUUCGGGGACCAAGAGUUCGAGGGCAACGAUCAAAGAAACCGAGACAUCUCCAAGAGCGCAGUGAGCGCGUCGACGUCAGCUCAGAUCCAGUCCGAGGCCAGGGUCAUACAAGACGAGUUCGCUUCUGUACCCCCAAAAGAUGUGACCACGAAGGCUGCUGGAUCGAAUCCGACCGCCACCAUCGUCCAGGCGGCCAAGUCCAAGGCGCCGGGAUGUCAGAAGUGCGGCUGCUGCAGACAACCAGGUCGCAAGCGGAACGGGUGUUCGUGCACAAGAGGCCAGACCCACCAAUGUCGGCUGUGGGAGGCCGGGUACCCGUCGCUGAACUUCGUGCAAAACUACCGUCCACCUCGUCGGAAGAACGACCCGCCACAAGCAGGCCCCACCGAGCGCAUGAUUCCCAGGCCGGCGAGCCCAGAGGUCAGUUGGCGGUGCAGGUCCGAGGUGAUCUACCUGAGGUGGAGGCGGAUGCUGUCCAAGAUCCUGAAGAGACUGGCGAACGACCCGUCCUCGGAAUCCUUCGAGAUGCUGGACGACUCACCCGAGAAGGACCUGGACAUCAUGCAGAAGGCGAUCGAUCAGUACGAUCGGGACUACACGAAGGAGAUCGGCGACGACGUUAACUUUCUGUCCCGCAACGGCCGCUACGACCUGCUCGAGGUCUGCACGCCUCCGAAAUCUCGUCUCUCCCAGGCGGUGAUCGACCUCGGUGGAACUGCCUUCCGAGCUGGGGUACACAACGGGUUCGACAUGGCUACGAAGACUGGAGUACGACGGCUUACUCUGUGCAGUCGGCAACAUCGGCCUCGACGCAUCGUCAUGAGUCCCCCGUGCACCGCGGACUGCCAACUCCAGAACUGGAAUAAGAAGACCCCAGAGGACUGCGAACGUCUAAGUAAAAAGGUGCAGCAGGCUUGUCCGAUACAAGCUGGGUGCGAAACCAUCAUGUCAGUCGGGCUCCAAUUCCGUGGGACCCAGAUCGACCUGGAGCAGCCGCAGAGAUCUCAUAGCUGGGGACGUUCGGAGGCACUGAAGCGCAUCAGGGAGCAGACCUACGAGACGCUGGUGUCUGGCUGUGCUUACGGCCUCCGCUGCCCCCGCCGCGGUCUCCUCUUGCCCAAGGUCUGGAGGAUCUGCUCUACCGACCCCGAGCUGCAGAAGGCCAUCGGCAAGCGCUGCAGUAGUCGCCCUGGUCGGCAUGACAACCACGAGCAUGGUGAGAUCCUCGGGGGGAAGGUGGUAGCGGCCACAGCGUUCUACCCCGAGGCGUUGUGCAAGGCCUGGGCGAAGCACCUUCUGCGUGCCAGAGGUGGUACUACAGCUGGACCCUCAGCUCUCCUGGCGACGGACCAGGACACUGACGAUGGCAUCUUCGAGGGCAUCGACGAGGACGGCGAUCAGGAGAUGGAGGAACCGCAGGCGUCAGACGAGGAGCUCGACGAGGAUGACCCCAGGGAGCUCUCCAAGGACGGCGGCACGCUGAGCACCAAGGAGGCCCAGGAGAUAGAGCACCGCCUCAGCCGACUUCAUCGCAAUCUGGGUCACCCCAGCGUCCGAACCAUGUUCAAGAUUCUUAAGAACUCGGGGGCGAGCAUCCAGGUUCUGAAGAUGGUCAAGAAGUUUCAGUGCCACGCCUGCGACUCCUCGGUGUUGCCGAAGGCCGUCAGAACGGCUGCUGGCAUCGACAUUCCCGAGGUCUUCGAGGUGAUGGGGAGUGACGGUCUCGAGUGGACCGACCCUGUUGAUGACGCGACCUACUUGUUCACGCUGAACCUUGACGAGGGGUCUGGACUCGCGCAGAUCUUCAACCGCGGCGACAAGUCCCAGAGGUCCGGCAACCGAUCAGCGGCGGACCUCCUAGAGACCUGGAGAUCGUGGACGAAUCACUACCGCACUCCUCGCCUCAUUCGCUGCGACGCUGAGGGAUGUCAUCGAGCGGAACUUACCAAAAGCUGGUGCAGUGCGCGCGGGAUCGGGAUGUUCAUCGCUCCUGGCGAAGCGCACUGGCAAAUGGGCAAGGUUGAGCGCAGGAUUCAGCUGUUCAAGCGGACACUCACUAAGUUCAGGAAACAGAAUCACGACUGCGACAUCGACGAGGCCAUCAGCCAGGUCACGCACGCGAUCAACGAUCUUGACAAGAUCGGGAACCAUUCACCCUUCGUACACGCCUUUGGUACUGGAGGCCAUGGGGGCUCAGGCAACCCCUUUGCCAUCGUGGACGACAGCAACGGGGAGUCCCGGGAGCAGAGGCGAUCCAGCCGUCCGAACCUCCUGAGGACCAAGACGAUCGGAUGGACGAAGAAGCUGCUGAACCUGAUCCCUUGGACGGACGUACGGAACCAGCAGGGCAAGCCAACAGUCGAGGACAACGAUGAGGAGCUCUUCUCCCGGAUCGCCUUCGACGGGAACCGGGGCGGCACCGACUUCGAGCUGAUCGACGAGAACAUGACGGCCUACUUCGAGAUGAUCAAGUCCGAACUUGCGGACAGCCAGGGCGGACGUCGUCUCACUUCUCAGAUUCUGGACUGCUUCGUUGCCAACCAGAAGCGGAAGGAUAAGAUCGAGUUUCACUGUGGGAAGCUUUCCCCCUCCGAGAGGGCUGAGUUCCGCAAGGCCAUGGCGAAGGAGGUCGCCAACUGGAAGCAGUACAAAGGUCUCCGUCGUGUGCCCGUUUCCGAGGUAAAGGACCCUGCGGGCGUGAUCAGGUGCCGCUGGGUACUGACGCGCAAGAGCGAUGGGACCGCGAAGGCGCGCCUCGUCCUCCUCGGGUACCAGACCAAGGACGUCGGACAGGAGCCGGCUGCCUCACCAACGGCCUCGCGCCGCGCUCGGAAUCUACUCCUCACGGUCGCGGCCGCCAACUCCUGGACCAUCGUCGAGGGCGACGUGACCAGUGCGUUCCUGCAGGCGAACGACCUGAAGAAGGACCUCUUCGUGGAAGCCGACGAGGCGCUCUCUGCUGGGUUUGGUGUUCAACCUGGCCAAGUGCUACGCGUGGUGAAGCCAGGGUGCGGCAUCGGCGAGGCUCCUCGCAAAUGGUGGCAGACGGUGAAGCAGGACUUCGCCAAGCUGGGGCUGCAAGCGUGCGAUCUCGAACCAUGCCUGUGGAGUCUACGCUGUCCUGAGACCAUGGCGCUGCUGGGGCUCAUCAUGUGCCGCGUGGAUGACUUCGUUCUCUGCGGAGACCGAGACCAUCCAUCACGGCGGAAGGCGCUGAAGAGCAUCAAGGACCUCUGCGCGUGA